CUCUAGGAAAACUUUUUCUGGGGUUUUUAUUUCUCUCCUUACUUUGUUUACAACACUUCUUAGUGGUUACAUUCCUGCGCAUAGAAACGCCAGGCAGUGUACAUGCACAUAAGAUAACGAACCCAUCUCUUGAGCGCGUGAACACCAGCUGCGAGGGUACAAUCAAAUCAGCCAAAUAAGUUUCCCAAACACAAACGCUGGAUUGAAGGUCACUCCUGCCUCGUAGCCAUGGGAGCAGUUUGCCGCGCCCGUGGGCUGGCGAUUCGGGAGCUAUGCAUUCCUACAAAAAUCUCCCUGACUUUCCCAGUUUGCACCAGCCAGCAAUGCAAAAAGCAAAAAGAAGCAGAAUCUACAGUUGAACAGAGAACGGACUCAAUGGGCUAUGAGACUAUAGAUGCGUUUGAAGGCGUCUACACAUCCCACUCUAAGACAGAAUCAUGAAUAAACUGGCAGACAAGCAGGACCAGAUGAUACCAUGAAGAGAAGUUUACAGGUCCUCUAUUGCCAACUGUUUCGUGUUCUAGUGAUCUUGGCACUGACAGAAGAGCUGGUGUUUGCUGUUCAGAUACUGCCUCCGAGUGUAUCAUCGUCUCAGGGCCUCCUGACAGACACUACCAGUAUCACAGCCAUGGGAAUAACACCUCAACACAAAGGCCAUCGCACGAUAGGACCUGUUCCCACAACUACUCAUUCAACUCUUCACUCAGCUCGCCCAAUGGAGACACCUGCCCCUACCAUUGACCAGAAGCAAGCAACCAGCAGCCAUCCCAUUGGCAAAAUGGAAACAUAUCACUUAUACAACCAGAGUGCUUUGUAUUCAGGACAGACCCGCCCAAAGGGGAAAAUAUUUCAGAUUUUCAAAGGCAACUUCACAGAAUCUACAGAGCCUUACCUAAAGACAGCACUGCACUCUCCCUUUCCUACUUUGAGGCGCCCAUUCACUAACCACCCAUUUCAGCCCCAGAUUGCAGCCUCCAAUGAUCCUAAUAGUACUGGGCCAGCAACUACAACAGACUCAAGCUCUUCUCUUCACAGCAACACCUUGGAAGGCCUUAAAAAAGCAGAGCGGGUAAAUGGAACAUGGCUAGUUAUGCAGAGAGCAGAUCUUACCACGCCAACAGCUGGCCCAUCGACUGAUCCCAAAACAGGGUCGGUGCCUUUUAAACCCACACACUAUGAUAUAUGGGAUAUCCUGAGCAAAAAUAACUCUUGGGUAACCUUGAGUCCAAGUACAAAUGUACCUUUGUUUGCCAGCCCUGGAACUGCAACAGCAGCAGGUCAUUCAGUUCAGACCAGCUUUGAUGUCAACAUUUCAUCACCUACAAUGGGAAACCCUAAAGGAACCUCCAUGACACCGCACACUAUGGUGAAUAAUGCUACUUUAUCCAACAGGGCUCUCUCCACAGCAUCCACCACAAGGUUGGCCAGCUCCAUUUCAACAGCUGGUUCCACAGCAACGGGAAACUUUCUAAACAGACUGGUGCCUGCUGGAACCUGGAAGCCUGGCAUGCCUGGGAAUAUUUCCCAUGUCACUGAGGGGGAUAAACCCCAGCACAGAGCAACCAUUUGUCUCACCAAGGUGGACAUUGCCUGGAUCAUUCUGGCUAUCAGUGUACCUAUAUCUUCAUGUUCAGUUCUGCUGACAGUCUGCUGCAUGAGGAGGAAGAAAAAGACAUCUAACCCAGAAAACAACCUGAGCUAUUGGAACAAUGCUAUCACCAUGGACUACUUCAACAGGCAUGCUGUAGAGUUACCAAGAGAGAUCCAGUCCCUUGAAACUUCAGAGGACCAUCUGUCUGAGCCACGCUCCCCAGCCAAUGGUGAUUACAGAGACAGUGGGAUGGUCCUUGUUAACCCAUUCUGUCAAGAAACACUAUUUGUAGGACAUGAGCAAGUGUCUGAAAUAUGACCCCACACCUGCCCUUGUAUUGCAGCUCCAUCUUUAGUGUCUCCAAAUUAUAAAUAAAUAUAUAUAUUAUAAAUAUAAUCUUUGUGUAACCCUGAAUUAUGAGAAAUGUUUUCAGCUUUUUUCCCCCCUAAGAAUUGUCAACCUCUUUUUUAUAAGUGUGGUAAAACUUUACAGAGCAAACUGUGGCUUUAUAAAAUAAAGGUAUUUCUAAGCAAAACA